AUGAAUCAGUCUCGUGGGUAUUUACUCUGGAACUUUCUGAGGAAAUGGGAGGGCAGCUUCACACAUUUCUCUCCGACUGCCUGUCUAAAGCCCCCAUCUCCCCAGUCUAAACCCCCAUCUCCCCAGUCUAAAGCCCCCAUCCCCCCAUCUCCCCAGUCUAAAGCCCCCAUCUCCCCAUCUAAAGCCCCCAUCCCCCCAUCUCCCCAGUCUAAAGCCCCCAUCCCCCCAUCUCCCCAGUCUAAAGCCCCCAUCUCCCCAUCUAAAGCCCCCAUCUCCCCAGUCUGCCUACAGCCCCCAUCUCCUCAGUCUAAAGCCCCCAUCUCCCCACCUAAAGCCCCCAUCUCCCUAGAGCCCGACCCUCUAAAAGACCCGUCUACCCGACCCAGACCCGUCUACCAGACCCAGACCCGUCUACCAGACCCGUCUACCAGACCCGUCUACCCGACCCAGACCCGUCUACCCGACCCAGACCCGUCUACCCGACCCAGACCCGUCUACCAGACCCGUCUACCAGACCCAGACCCGUCUACCAGACCCGUCUACCCGACCCAGACCCGUCUACCCGACCCGUCUACCCGACCCGUCUACCCGACCCAGACCCGUCUACCCGACCCAGACCCGUCUACCAGACCCGUCUACCAGACCCGUCUACCCGACCCAGACCCGUCUACCAGACCCUCUAAAAGACCCGUCUACCCGACCCAGACCCGUCUACCAGACCCAGACCCGUCUACCCGACCCGUCUACCAGACCCGUCUACCAGACCCGUCUACCAGACCCUCUAAAAGACCCGUCUACCCGACCCAGACCCGUCUACCAGACCCAGACCCGUCUACCAGACCCGUCUACCAGACCCGUCUACCAGACCCAGACCCGUCUACCAGACCCAGACCCGUCUACCCGACCCAGACCCGUCUACCAGACCCAGACCCGUCUACCAGACCCGUCUACCAGACCCAGACCCGUCUACCCGACCCAGACCCGUCUACCCGACCCAGACCCGUCUACCAGACCCAGACCCGUCUACCCGACCCAGACCCGUCUACCCGACCCAGACCCGUCUACCAGACCCGUCUACCAGACCCGUCUACCAGACCCAGACCCUCUACCAGACCCGUCUACCAGACCCGUCUACCAGACCCAGACCCGUCUACCCGACCCAGACCCGUCUACCCGACCCAGACCCGUCUACCAGACCCGUCUACCAGACCCAUCUACCAGACCCGUCUACCAGACCCAGACCCGUCUACCAGACCCAUCUACCAGACCCGUCUACCAGACCCGUCUACCAGACCCGUCUACCAGACCCGUCUACCAGACCCGUCUACCAGACCCGUCUACCAGACCCGUCUACCAGACCCAGACCCGUCUACCAGACCCGUCUACCAGACCCAUCUACCAGACCCAGACCCGUCUACCAGACCCGUCUACCAGACCCAGACCCGUCUACCCGACCCAGACCCGUCUACCCGACCCAGACCCGUCUACCAGACCCGUCUACCAGACCCGUCUACCAGACCCGUCUACCAGACCCAGACCCGUCUACCAGACCCGUCUACCAGACCCGUCUACCAGACCCGUCUACCAGACCCGUCUACCAGACCCAGACCCGUCUACCAGACCCAUCUACCAGACCCAGACCCGUCUACCAGACCCAUCUACCAGACCCAGACCCGUCUACCAGACCCGUCUACCAGACCCGUCUACCAGACCCAGACCCGUCUACCAGACCCGUCUACCAGACCCAGACCCGUCUACCAGACCCAUCUACCAGACCCAGACCCAUCUACCAGACACACAAGUUCAGACUAA